UGUAGGCAGAGCGGAGUGAGCUCACCUGGCACCCUUCCCCUGCCUCUCACAGGUACCUCCGCACGCUGUACCUGGGGCUGCAGAGCCGGUGGCAGGCCGAGCACCGCCGCCGCCACUUCUACUGGCGGAUGAUGUUCGAGAGCGCGGACAUCAGCAUGCUGCGGCUGCUGGAGGCCUUCCUCAAGAGCGCGCCCCAGCUCGUGCUGCAGCUCAGCAUCAUGGUGCAACAGAACAGCAUCGAGCCAUUGCAGGGACUCUCAGCCUCGGCCUCGCUGGUCUCGCUGGCCUGGAUGAUUGCGUCCUACCAGAAGGUGCUGCGGGACUCGCGGGAGGACAAGAUGCCCAUGUCCUACAAGGGCGCCGUGGUGCAGAUCCUCUGGCACCUCUUCACCAUCGCUGCUCGUGCCAUCGCCUUUGCCCUCUUCGCCUCCGUGUUCCAGCUCUACUUCGGCAUCUUCAUCGUCACCCACUGGUGCAUCAUGACCUUCUGGAUCAUCCAGGGCGAGACGGAUUUCUGCAUGUCCAAGUGGGAGGAGAUCAUCUACAACAUGGUGGUGGGCAUCAUUUACAUCUUCUGCUGGUUCAACGUCAAGGAGGGACGGAGCCGCUACCGCAUGUGCAUCUACUACAUCAUCACGCUGUCAGAGAACGCCGCCCUCACCAUCCUCUGGUUCCUGUACUACGACCGCAAGACCACCUCCGACUUCAACGCCUUAAUCCUCGUCUGCGUGGUUAGCUCCAGCUUCGCCCUCGGCAUCUUCUUCAUGUUCAUCUACUACUGCCUCUUGCACCCCAACGGCCCCAUCUUCAGCCACCGCUCCGUGGGCUGCAUCUUCCGGCAGGAGCCACCCCCAGUGCCGGUGUCCCCCGUGGAAGCCGUCACCAGCCCCCCGCGCUCGCUGCCGCGGACUACAGGGGGGGAGCGGGACGGGGCGCCCGGGGAGCGGGACAGCUGCGUGCCCGUCUUCCAGGUGAGACCCUGUGCCCCGCCGGCGCCGGCCGCCCGCGCCCCGCGGACAGAGGGGCCCGUCAUCCGCAUUGACCUGCCCAGGAAGAAGUACCCGGCCUGGGAUGCCCACUUCAUUGACCGGCGCCUGCGGAAGACCAUCCUGGCGCUGGAGUACGCGUCGCCCACCACCCCCCGCCUGCAGUACCGCACCCCCGGCGCCCCGCAGGAGGUGCUGGAAUACGAGACCACCGUGUAGGUUGCGGGGCGUGAGGCUGCGGCGGGAGCCCCGGUGCCGCCCAGGCCACCCUGUGUCUCCGCAGCUGUUUGCCUUCCUUUGGGUUUGCCGGCGCUGCCGUGUCGCCAUGCCAAGCAUCCCGUAGGCGGUGGCCGGGGAGGUCUCUUGGUGCUAUCCCCUCCCCGCGCUGCACUCCCGCAGCCCAGACCCGUCUCACCCGACGGCGGCCGCCCCCACGCCCUCCAGGGCUCGUCCUUGCCAAAAUACCUCACCGGUGCCUGAGCCCAGGCGGUGGGUGCUGUGGUCCAUAUCAGUGGUGCAGGAUGGGGACUGGGGACGCCCUGGGAUGGGGGUUGGCAGCUGCCAGGGGCACGGUGGGGCACACUGGGGCACAGUGGGCAGCACACGGGAACACAGGUGCCUGUGCCACGGCAGAGCCGUGGGGAUGGAACACGGCUGCACUGGGGUGUUCAUGGGGCCUGUGACCCCCAGGGAGCUGGGGCAGGGACAGCCGGGGUCCAUCCAGUCCCCCCCUAUGUCUCCCACUUUCCCCACCCUCUACCACACCAACCCUAAGUGAGCCCCUGCAUAUCCAUCCUCAGCCCCCCCUGCCUCAGGGUUGAGCCAUGUCCCCAACCCCAUGGGGUCUCCAAUAUCCUGUGGGGUGCAGACCCCGGCCUCGGGGGGCCCCUGGUGGUUGGGCACGAACCUUGCACCCCUGGUUCUGGGCUGGGUCCCCAGCUGCGGCCAGGAGGGCUGCACCCCAUCCUCCCCCCCAUCCCCACAGGAAUUGCUUCAUCUCAUUGGGUUUGUUUUCACCUGAAUGGUGACAUUUUGUGUGACAUUUUCUACCUCCGCUGGGGCUGGGGGUGGCAGGGCCUGGCUGGCACCACUGAGGGGUGUGUGCGGGGCCGCCGGCGUUCCCCGGAUUCCCCAAAGUGGGAUUCACCCCCGGCCAUUCUCCUCUCCUGGGCUGGCAUCCCUUCCCACCCGGGAGCAUUUCCAUUCACUCCUUCAUCAGCAUCACCCUCCUCCAGCUCCCCAGUAUAAACCUGAGCUGGGACCCUGCCUCCCCUGACCUCACCCUGUGUUCCUCCUCCCCUCCCCUGCCUGCCCCCAGUCUCUGCCCCUGUCUGCUCCCGUCUCCCCAGAGGAGUGGGGCUGCCUGGGCUCUGGGUUUGAAUGUGUCCCUGGUCCUGCCCAGACUCAGCCCCCACCGAGGGGCUGUGCUGAAUGUACCCUGUGCCCCCCAGGCCGGGACUGUUCUGGGGGGGUUGUGUGCACGUUUGUGUGUGUGUGUGUGUGAGUGUGAGUGUGCAGGGGCUGGCAGGGGUUUGCAGGGCA